GUCAUAGACUGUCCAUAAUGCAACCAUUGCCACUAUUGCAGUAUGUGGUCGCCUCUGGUCACCAGCCAAACGUGGUAACAUCGUAUUCAAGCCUUGGUGGAACCGUCGGCGACAUCGAAACUGCCUCAUUUGUUGAGGCCAUCCAGCGGUCCCAAUCGCGCGUCAGCUACGAGGACUUGACUGGCCUUUGUACCCGGGACAUGCUCCGCUAAAUUGCUUUUGGCAUGCGGUCAUGCUUGCUGGAACAUCUCAUAUGGCCCUGACCGCGCCUGCGCGCC